AUGGGAGUCGAGUGAGUUUGAACAACAAGAUCAGAGACGACUGGCCUGAAGAGACGCCAGAGAAGCGUGAAAACUCUGUUUCUCUGGAGUCUCUUCGGGUCAAUGCUCUCUUGAAGUUUUAAGUCUUACUUUGAUCUCUUCUUUAUUCGCUGUACUCUCGCUUUUUUUUUCCUCAUCUUCAUCAUAUUUUUAAUUCAAGAAAAACAAUUAUCAACGGAGCGCAUAUUCAGAGUCAUUUUGAAGAUUUUUCCGGCUGUUUUUUCCUAUCCAAGAGUCAUGCUUUUUUCUGAAUAUUCCCUUGAGAUAAUUUCCAAUUCUCAGCUUCAUGACGGACGCAGCCGGAUGCGUUUCCAUGGUGGCGUCUUGCACCGCCGAUCCGGAUCAUAAUGCCUACAUGCAGUUCAAUAUUGAUCAAGGAGGACCCCUGGAGAACAUGGCCAUGCCUUUGGUAACGAUUAUUUCUUCAUUAUUCAAUUUUUGUCCAGUCUAAAUUUUUAAGGGUUCAUUUUUCAUUGUGCCGCGUUAUUUUAAUUAAUAAUAUCGUAAUUUUGGCGAAAACAUUCUUUCUCAUUUUCUUUACCUUUUUAAUCUUAUUUCUAUAUCGCCGAAUAUAAUUAUAGCGGAAUUUCUUGAAAAUUAGCUGGAAUAUGUAGCAGAUGAGGUUCUGGAGUUCUUAAAAUGAAAAACUUACUGGAUUCCGAGGCGUUAGGUCUUCAAGUCUGAAAAUGGCGAUUUUUAUGGUUUUCUUGGUAUUUUCUUCGGAAACUAGAAAGUUUUGUAAUCCAGUGUCUUGAUUUGGAACAUCCAUAUAUGUUCUGGCCGAUCUAUUUUUGGAUUUUCAAAUUUUUAACCAUGAGGUUUCAUUUCUUAUCCGAGGAUUCCAUGUUUCCUGUUUCAGACUCGGAAUUUUUUCAAAAGCAUUUUUUCUAUGGGUUGUUGUUAAAAUUAGCUUCCCACUGUUGCCUUUACUUAAUUGAGAUCAGAAUGUAUUUUUAUGAAUGAAAAAAAAAUUGAAAAUUCGAAGAAAGGGAAUAUGGAAGUAGGGAAUAAUCGCCUUUUAGGGAAAAAAAGUUGAUAAUUUGAAUUUCGAAUUGAAUAUCCAGCUUGAACUGAAACUUGAAAAAACAAUAGGGCUUUAUGGCGUUUUUUGCAGACGGUUCGCGCUCCGCUGCAAUGUAUCAAUGGCAAAUGGAACUACGUGGUGAUGGGAGCCAUGAGAGAAGUCAUGAUAGUCUCCUGCAUGCAGGCUGUAAACGCCAUGUUUUGAAACCGUUAUUCUUUAAAAACUACCACGGGUAUUUAAUAAAUUCGCUGAUUUUUGUUCAUUGAUUCACUUUCAAAAGAAAUUUUUGCAAUAUGGUCGAGUUCGGAUUUUGAAGCAAUACAACUUUAUGAAAAGGUAAAAAAACUCCUUUCCGAAUUUUUUAGAAUCAGGGCGUCUUACAGUUCUUAUCGGAUAAGAACCAUUUUUUCAAGACGUUCAUUCGAUUCAUCCUUGAAAUUUCGAUAACUCCGUUUUUCGCUACUUGAAAGGGCUUGACUUCUCUGCGCCCUCCUCGUCUCUCGACGUCCCUCUCAUGUUUACGUGCUGUUUCCAUGUUUCUCUGACCUCGCCGGUGAGAGAACAGAGAGACGCAGACACGCAAAAACUAUCAAGUCGCGGCCAACGGACUAUAGAACUCUCUGAAAUUUUGAUCCCCAACCCCACUGACUUUUCCAACAAGACAUUCAUUCGAUUUAUCCCUAAGAACUCUGUUAACUAAUUAAUCACCUAUUGCGAUAAUCUGAAACUAAAUCGAACCAUUUCUUUCUCACUUCAAUCAAAUCUGAAACGUACGAGAGCCGGCUUCACGAGUUUUGAAAUUAUUUGCAAGAAAAAACCGUUUCCCGAGGCAAAAAGACGCAGAGACAAUGACUAUAGAAUAGGACUUCUUCCUAGGGAUUCUGAUGGGAUAGAUGGAAGUUUUGAAAAGCGAAAAAAGAAAUUUCAGAGCGAAUAUUUUCUGUAAAAACGAAAGGCAUCUGAAAAUCACAACUUUAUUCAAACGAAUUUCAUUCAUUUUCUGGGAGGAUCAUGACCAAGGACGAUCCAGAAAAAGCCGUUGGCUGUAGCGACCAUGGCAGCGAGGACGGUAAGAACGGCGGCAGAAGUCGACAUUUCAAUGGAUUAUGAAGGGAAAAAGAGCUCUUUUCUUGAGUAGAAGAGUUCUCAGUUGUCGAUUAUCAAUCUAACGGAGUUUUGAUGGGAUUUUAAUUGAUUCCCGGGAGACAAGGAAUAAGAACUUUCAACUGACUUUUCGUUUCUCAUGACUUCAUCAAAAACAAUAAACGCUCACAUUCUUCAAUUUGUUCUAUCCCUGAGAACCGUCCAGACCUAACCUAUAAAAGGUGCCUCCUUCUCCUCCAGAAUCCAUCGGAAGAUGUCGUCCUCCACCGUCCUCACCGUCUUCGCGGCCCUCGUCGCCUCGGCCAACGGCCUUCUCUGGCUCCAGUGGGGAGGUGACGCCAACGCUCGCGCCUACGAAUGA